AUUUUCCUAACUUAGAUUAGGUCAACUAUUCUUGAAUUAUAAACACCAUUGAGAUUAGGGAAUAAGACACGGAAGAUUUUAUCAACUUUCAUGGUAUCAGAGCACACCUACAUCCAACCCUAAUCGCAGCCUUCUUCUUUUCUAUCUUCUUCUUCAAACCUACGAUUUAUAUUUCUUUUUCUGUCUUUCUCCUCUAUAUUCUCCUUCAACAUGUGACUUACAUGGCUGAAAAACUUCACCCUGCUCUCAUGAUCACCAACAUUCGGAACUUUAUUCCGAUUACUCUCGAGAUAGAGAAUGCACAAUAUACCUCCUGGGCUGAACUCUUCAAGAUUCACUGUCGUGCAUUUGAAGUAAUUGAUCACAUUCAACCUAAAGUCGAAUCCACUGCUACUGUAGAUGGCAAACAGCCUCCUCCAGUCAUGUCUACAGAUCUUUGGAUUCUCCUUGAUGCCAUUAUCAUCCAAUGGAUAUACAGCACCAUCUCAAAUGACCUCCUCCAAACCAUUCUUAAACCCAACUCCACUGUUGCGCAAGCUUGGACUGCCCUUGAAAGUAUUUUUCAAGAUAAUCAAAACAAACGGGCACUCUAUCUCGAACACAAACUGGUCACCACCAAACUUGCAAACUUCCCAAACUGUUCAGCAUACUGCCAAGCCCUCAAGAUGUUAUCUGAUCAACUUUCUAACGUGGGUUCACCAGUUUCAAAUCAGCGCCUUGUCUUGCAACUGAUUGAUGGCCUUACUGAGUCUUAUGAAGGCAUUGCCAUGAUGAUACAACAAACGAAACCUCUCCCGGAUUUUUAUGAGGCUCGUUCCCGCCUUAUUUUGGAAGAAACUAGAAAGGCUAAUCAUGCAGCCCAAUCGGCUACAACUGAAGCAACAACUCUUAAUACUCAAACCUCCUACAACACACGCCCUACCUACCAGGUUCAAGAUUCAAAUAGCAACAACAACAUCAACAGGGGACGUGGCCGUGGAAGGGGCGGACGUGGUCGUGGUCGUGGGAGAAGGGGAGGCGGUAACUUCGGUGUGGGUCGUGGCCAACAGCAACCACUGUGGCCUUCUCCCCACACCCAACAAUGGUCAACUUCCCACUCUUUAUCUCCCUUAUCCCAACCUUGGGCUGCUCCAUAUUCAUGGCCUCCUACACACACACCACCUUAUCCCUACCCAACCAACCAACCCUGCUCCACUGCUCCGGGUUUGUUGGGUCCAAGACCUUCUACACAGCAAGCAUAUGCAACAUCUGAAAAGUCCUAUACCGCAACUGACUUGGAACAAGCAUUUCAUACCAUGAGCCUCCACCCACCAGACCAGAAUUGGUACAUGGAUACGGGUGCGACCUCCCACAUGUCAAACAACUCAGGAUUUGCGGACACGGACGCCACUCCUUCGAUGCAAUAGCCAUGGCGAUCUCUAUCCUCUUACUCUCACGCAUCCUUCUCAACUCACUC